GAACCAUUUAAAUGAGUUCGGGGCCUGAAUUUCAUGCUCAGGAAGCCAAACAUCAGCCCAGACUUGCUGGAUCUGAUCUGCACCCUCAUUGAAAUGCUGUCAUUCAGGGAUGUGGCCAUUGAUUUCUCUGCAGAGGAAUGUGAAUUGCUGGACCCUGGUCAGUGGGAUUUGUACAAGGAUGUGAUGUUGGAGAAUUUCAGCAACCUUGUGUUCCUGGGCCUUGCCUCCUCUAAGCCUUCCCUGAUCACAUUUUUGGAGCAAGGACAAGGACCUUCAGACAGGAAGAGACAAGGAGCAGCUGCCAUGGAAACAGGAAACAAACACUCUACUGGCAAAGAAUGUGACAAAGCCCCUCCUUGGAACUCACAACCUAUUAGCCACCAGAAAGUUAAUCUAAGAAAGAAGCCAUAUAAGUGUGAAGAAUGUGGCAAGGCCUUUCAUGCUCCAUCAUUACUUUCAAUACACAAAAUUGUUCAUACAGGAGAGAAACCCUACAAGUGUGAAGUAUGCGGGAAUGCCUUCUAUUUUCCAUUAAGACUUUAUCUACACAUGAGAAUUCAUAGAACAGAAAAACCCUUCAAUUGUGAAGCAUGUGACAAGGCCUUCAAUUAUCCAUCACAACUGUCUCUACACAGGAAGAUUCAUACAGGAGAGAAACCCUACCAGUGUGAGGUAUGUGGCAAGGCCUUCUGUUUUCCAUCAAAACUUUCUCUACACAGUAAAAUCCAUACAAGAGUGAGACCCUACCAGUGUGAGGUAUGUGGAAAGGCCUUCAGUCGUCAGUCACGGUUUUCCAAACACAAAAGGAUUCAUGCAGGAGAGAAACCCUAUGGGUGUGAAGUGUGUGGCAAGGGCUUCAGUCGUCAGUCACGACUUUCUGAACACAAAAGGAUUCACACAGGAGAGAAACCCUACGUGUGUCAAGUGUGUGGCAGUGCCUUCCAUGCUCUAUCAUUACUUUCUAAACACAGAAUGGUUCACACAGGAGAGAAGCCCUACCAGUGUGAUGUAUGUGACAAAGCCUUCAUAAACCCAUCAUCACUAUCUGUACACAAGAGGGUUCAUACUAGCCAGAGACUCUAUCUGUGUGAAGUGUGUGGCAAGGCCUUCCAUGUUCAGUCCCAACUUUCUGAACACCGGAGAAUUCAUACAGGUGAGAAUCCCUACCAGUGUGAAGUGUGUGGAAAGGCCUUCAAUCGUUCAUCACGACUUUCUCUACACAAGAAGAUUCAUUCAGAAGAGAAACCUUAUAAAUGUGAACUAUGUGGCAAAGGCUACAAUACUCCAUCGGGAAUUUCUCUGCACAGGAAGGCUCACACCGGACAGAAACCCUGCAAGUGUGAAGUGUGUACCAAGGCCUUCUAUUUCCCAUCACAACUUUCAGCACACAUGAGAAUUCAUACAGGUGAGAAUCCCCACAAGUGUGAAGUGUGUGGAAAGGCCUUUGAUCGCCCAUCACGACUUUCUAUACACAAGAAGAUUCAUUCAGGAGAAAAGCCCUUCAAGUGUAAAGUAUGUGGCAAAUCCUACAGUAGUCGAUCAGGACUUUAUUCGCACAAGAGUAUUCAUUCAGGGGAGAUACCCUUCAAGUGUGAACUAUGUGGCAAACCCUACAGGAGUCCAUCCGGACUUUAUUCACACAAGAGGACUCAUACAGGAGAGAAACCUUAGAAAUUGGAAGUGUGUGUCAAGAUCCUGUACUGCACCUUUACUUAAAGUACAUGAGCGAAUUUAUACAGGCAAGAAACCACACAGAGUUGUAGCAAGGCUUCUAUGUUCCAUCAUGACUUUCUGUAUACAAGAGCAUUCACAUGAGAGAAACGCUACAACUGAGAAGUAUGUGGCAAAGCCUUCCAUUUAUCAUCAUUACUUUCAAAAUGCAAGAACUCUUUCAUAUUUGAGAGAAACCCUACAAGUGUUAAAUAUGUGGCAAUGUCUUUAAAACUUCAUGGAUUCUUUCUCAUUUUUAAUAAUCCAUUCUAGAAACAAACCCUACUCUGAAAAAUGUGAAAAGGCCUUGUGUAAAAAGUCAUAUUUAACUCAGCACAAAUUAUCUCACACUUGGGAGAAAACCACAAGUGCAAGGAAUGUGGAAAAGACUUUAGAACUUAAACACACGUUCUCAACACCAGGCUUUUCAUAUUAGAGAGGAACAUUAGGAGUGUGGAGAAUGGCAAGGUCCUCCUUGAGCCUUCUGGUCUUAAACAACAUCAAAGAAUUGAUUUGUGAGAGAAACCCUGUGAAGAAUGAGCAAAGAUUUUUUGUACUUUCUAAGACUUGAAUCACCUGAUCAUUCAUACUGGAGAGAAAUGUCAUUAUUGUCAUCAAUUUUGAAAACACUUUUUAUGAGCUUUCUAGUGUUUCUCAAGACAAAAGUAUUUCAAACUUCAGUGAAAUAAUACAAGUGCCAAAAUGUUCAUAAAAUGUUUUCUUAUUUCUUAAAACUCUAUAAGAUAACAUAAUAUAUUCUAGAUAAAAAUCCUUCAAUUAGGUGGGAUAUCCUAAUUCUAAGUGGAAAAUCCGGGAAACAGAGAUAGAAAGAGAAAGUAGGGAGAGUCAAGGUGAAGCCAUGUGACUGCCAAAAGAGAAUGAUGCCAGAAUAUUGCCAGUUAAUCACAGCCUCGUGGUCAUACACAGAUUAAUAGGAAUUGGAUAAUUUAAGAUGUAAGAGCUAUCUAGGAUUAUGAGCCGUUGGCCAAACAUGCUGUAAUUAGUAUAGUUUCUCUGUGAUUUUUCCUGUCUGUGUUUCCAGGAAGUGAAAGCACAGUCUCUGUUUUCAUACCUAACUCAGGAUGAAAUAAUUCACACUGGAGAAAAGCCUUACAAAGAUCUAGAAUGGCAAACCUCUCAACUGUACCUGAAACCUUAUCAAAGAAUUCAUUCUGGAGAGAAACCCUACACGUGUAAAGACUGUGGCAAAGACUUUAGAGCUUACACGUGACAUUCUCAACAGCAGACUUUUCAUAUUGAAGAGGAAGAGUAUGACUGGAGAAUGGCAAGGUCAUUCACCAGCUUUCUGGAUUUAAACAACAUCUAACAAUUCUUGUCAGAGAAGCCCCGUGAAUUGUGUGCUGUGGCAUUUUUAUACUUGUAAAGAAAUUCUGAAACACCUGAUAAUUCAUACUGGAGAGAAAUGGCACUAAUGUUGUAAAUUUUAAAAACCCUUUCAUAAGCUUUGAGCACUUCUCAAGACAUGGUAGUUCAAACUUCAGUGAAAUGAUGCAAAUUUCAAAAUAUUCAUGAAUUGCUUAUGCUUCUUCAGAUCCUAAAAGAUAUCAAAAAUAUUCUGGAUCAAAACCAUACCAAUAGUGUGAAUGUGAUAAUGCCUUUGGAAUCAUUCAGACCUUACCCAAGAUGAAAGAAUCCAUAGUACAAGGAAGGAAUAUGCUUGUGAAAAAUACAGUGACAUAUGUUACCAUUCAACCAACAUCUGACCUCCUUAGUAUCUAUUUUAGAUGGACACAACACAGCAGUGAAUGGUGAACCAGUGCCUUUAAGGACUCCUCAUACCUUCAACCAGUGAUCCUCAACCUUCCUAAAGUUGACAUCCUUUAAUACAUUUGUAUCCCAACCUUAAAAUUGUUUUCUUGUCUACACCUAACUCUUUGAUACUGUUAAGAAUCAGAGUGUAAAUAUCUUUGUAUCUGAUGGUUUUAGGUGACCCUUCUGAGAAAAUGUUUUGACCCCCAAAUGGGUAAUUACCCACAGGUUAAGGACUGCUGUCGUAAACAAAGAAAAAUGUUCAUACUAAGUAACAACCAUAGAAUUUGAGGAAUCGAGAAAAGACUUAUUUUCAGCCACAUAAGACUGAUAUUUCCGGGUUCUAGUGGCCCUGCAUGUGCAUAGAAGCCCUCAGGCAGAAGUGCCUAAUGCCCCCCCAGGGAUGUUAUAGGGCUCCUGCAUGACCCAUGUGUAGGUGGAUCCACGUAUGACACAGGUAAGCCUUUGCACACAUGUGUGAGCCCCGUCAUCUGCAUAUGACAGCCACAUCAACUCCCUGUGCACGUGCGCUAGACAGCUUUUAAAAGAUGGAUGCGCCAUCUUCCUCUCUCUUUCUCUGCACACUGACUUCCCCUGGCCUGUGUACGUCCCCUCUAAUAAACUCCUAAGCGGAUUUCUUGCAUGGCUCCAGGAAAUGUCAUUGGUACUGUAAAAAAAAGCUAUUACCCUAGGCAAAAACUAAUUCAGGCCUUUGCUGUUCCUUCUACAAAAAAGUCCUUCCUAGGACUAGCUAGCCAUUAUUCAGGCCUGAGCUCUUCACCUCCCAGAUUUAACUCAUCCUUUUUCCCUCUAUGUAACAGAAGGAGAGAUAUGUCCUUGGGGUCUUAGGACAUCAGCUGAGACUUCCCUUUGCACCUGUAGCAUACCUGUCAAAGAAGCUGGACCUCACUACUCAAGGCUGGGCACCCUGCAUAUGUGCUUUAGUGGCUGCUGAGCUUCUGGUUCAUGAGUCAAAGAAACUAACCUUUGGGUCACACACCACUGUCUUCUCCCACCAUAAUCUUUCCCAUCUGUUCACUUACAAAGGUUUACAAACCUUACCUCCUUCCUGAGUUCUUUCCUCAAGGUGGAGGCAAAGGCACGCCCUGCCCAUGCCACUAAUCAGCAGGCUGAAUUAAUAGCCCUUAUCCCUACCUUCCAGUUAGCAAAGGGACAAUCUUUAAGUGUUUACACAGGCUCCAAAUAUGCCUUUCAUAUCCUCUGGUCAACACAGCUAUCUGGAAGGAGUGUGGGCUUUUUAUGACAAAAGGAGGAUCCAUAACUAACUCAGGUUACAUUAUGGACUUGUUAAAAGCCUCCCAUCUCCCUAAAGCUCCAUUAUUUCCAAGGGAAAUAACCAGGGUGACCAAGGAGCUAGUGUAAUGGUAAAAGUAAAAUGCUGCAGAUCCCAGAGUGGCAACAGUGGGCAGUGGGCCAUGAGACCACACUGCAGGUCCCCUGAAGUGGCAGCAGACAGCGUGCAGCUUAUCCUGAGAGCCACCACUCCCAGGCAGGGAUGAUGUAGUUCCCUGAGUAGCUGCAGCUGGCCACGAGUCCCAGGCAGGGAACCACAUGUUGGGUAAAAGACCUCAAUAGGGCAGCCAUUCCCAUGAGGAGAGACAAACAGAUGGGCAUGCUAUAAGAUCAUGCCACAAGUCUCUGAAGGCAGCUAGUCCCAGGUAGAGAGCCACGCGGUGGGCAAGAAACAGAGACAUAGAUAGGCAUGCCAUGCAGAGUGAUAUUGUAUAUUUAUUUAGUGGGUUAUAAAGGGAAAGGCGGAGAAGAACAGAGAGAGAGAAGGGGAGAAGGGAGAGACAGAAGCUGCCUCUUUCAGGGGGAGACAGAAAAGGAAAGGACUCAAGCUGGAAGCUGAAGAUCAGCUUGCCUCAGCAGAUGGGGGAGGGAGUGAGUGUGGGUUGUCUCUUAAAGGGACAGAGCAGACCAUUAUAUUCCCAUCUCAGUUUUAUAAUAAAAAAACUGAAGGUUAGGCACAACAGGUUAAAGGAAUUGGGGCAGCAGAUUCUCAAGACUGCUUCCUGCUUAUUUGUGGGUGUCAUCUUGGGGUGGGACCUGAGAAAGCUGGGUGCUGGUCACAUCCUGGCAUAGCUGGUCCGUUUGUUCCUGUCCAAUGUUUGUAGUAUAGAAAUGUAUGGUGUCUUUUACACCUGUUUAAGGUAUUGUCAGAACAGAGGUCAAAGUUAAGUUUAGGAAAAAAAAUUUAGGACCAGUGAAUUAAAGUGGGUGUAUCUAACCUGUUUACGGUGGAUCCUUCAAUUUGGCUCCCUGGAACUCACAAGAAUUUUUCAGUUUGUGAAAACAAAAGUUUUAAACAGCAGCAUAUUUAUAUUAGAAUGACUGUAACCGAAACUUUUGCACAAUGAAAAGUAUUUUUAAGACUAAAGAAGGCAGUGUGGGAGAGAAACUUGAUAACUUGUAUUUGUCCUCACACUUUUAUUCCUUACAGGUCUUUUAUUUGUAUUUUGUUGAAAUUUGUUUGGUGAGGUUGUCCUUUUAAACUGACAAAACCUCUCAGCUGUCAAACUGCAUCAGAGAUCUUUUAGAAGGAUAAAAUUUUACUUGAGUUCUUGAUUAAACAACAACAGAGAAUUUACUUGUAUGGGACCUUCAGCUACUCCUCAGAAUCCUCCAUGGUUGCUGAAAGUCAUAUUUGCCUUUUGCUUUGAAGCACAGAACCUGUCAGGCUCCAGAAAAUCCUGCGGGCUAAGAAAUCUGUAGGAAGACAAUCCUGCCUUGACCUGAGCAGCUUUGCUGUUGAUUCCAGUGAUUCUGUCCACUUCUGGAGAUCUUCAGUUUACGUGAAAAGCAGUUUUGCCUAGUAGUUAGCAUUUGGCCUUUGACCCAAAUUGUGGGUGGAUGUUGUUCUGUGCCCAUUUGUCUUCUGUCUUCUUUGGAGGAAAUAGAAUGCUACUGCUGGGAGCCAACCUGUCUCUUUUUGUGAUGAAGUCUUUUAAUAAUUAAAUAUUUAAAUACCAUAUUCCUGAGAUCUCCGAGCAGUUGAGGGCUGUUUACCAGUUAUAGAUAAGUUAUAAUUCCAGUAUAGAAUCUGCCUGAGGAGCUGGGUCCAAGCUUAACUGUACUGGCUCUCAACUUAGCAGGUAAGAUUUACACUCGUAAAAAAAAUAGAAAGAAAAAAACAGAAACCAAGGAACAAAACAGGUAGUCAAGGCUGGAGAGAUGGCUCAGUGGUUAAGAGCAUUGCCUGCUCUUCCAAAGGUCCUGAGUUCAAUUCCCAGCAACCACAUGGUGGCUCACAACCAUCUGUAAAGAGGUCUGGCCCUCAGGCAUACAGACAAAAUAUUGUAUACUAAAUAAAUAAACAAACAAACAAACAAAACAGGUAGUCAAUUAGGACAAGACCAGACAUCAGCACCUAGAAUAAUAAUCUUCCCAAUACCAGGUGUCAAAUGUCUGCUCAAAAGCACAAUGAAUAACAGCCAUUACAAUAUGUCUCCACUAUAGCAGCAAAUCUACCACAACAGGCCCUGAAUAGAGGUGAGGCACAAAUAAAAGACCUUAAAAUAACCUUUAUGCAUAUGAUAAGGUCCUUAAAGAAAAAAACAAAGAAAUUCCUUAAAGAAAGAAAAGAAACAAAAACCUGGUGGCUUCAAACUGUGGAGCUACUUGGCUGUGCUGACUGGCUGGCUUUCCUCUGCCAGCAGGGCCCUCCUGUUGAAGAACACGCACUACAUGUUAAAGCAUGAAGACAUGUUUACUCCCAAUGUUAUGGACCUACCACCCCUUCAUCCUGCUUUCCAGCUCAACUCAGGGGAGAAAGCUUCCUCAAAAACUCUCCAAACAUCUGCCUGGGGAGAAGGGAGUCAGGCUCCUAAGUUGCCUCAGUUAAGUGGAGGGUCCCUCUGUGUGCCCUGCUGGAGUUGUGUUUUCUCAGCCCUAAUAAUACCGCUUCUUUUCCCUGGUGUGGUUGGGAUUCUCCCAGUGCUACACGUCUCCAUCUGGCGGGAAAACAGAAAACCAAAACAGAAUACGACCCCCAGACUGCGACAUUGCAACAGCAGAAAAUGCUCUCCAUAUUCAGCCCCACAAGAUUUUGUUCUGUUCUGUAGCUCUUUUUAGCACUGUACACAAAAAUCAAGGUCCUGCUGACUUCAUGGAGCCUGACCCAUCACCCAGCUACCUCCUAUUCCUUUUUCUUCUUUUCAUUUCAAUAUAAGACUGUAUUCCUGAGAGACAGCGCCGGGGCAAGCGAGAGCCGGACGGGCACUGGGCGACUCUGUGCCUCGCGGACGAAAA